AUGAAUAUCAGCCUUGAUAACAUUACCUUCUACUCUCAACCCCCUCCUGCAAAGCCUCCUCCAUGUACCUUCCCUGUUUCCUGCUGGAAGCCAUAUGAGACUCCUCUUGCCUCACGAGCCCUUUCGCGUGCAAUUCCACCCAGGGCGCCUUCCCCUAGGACGACGAUUACCCUAGCUUCUGAUGCUAGGCCAGAUGUGUCCCCGCGAUUUAGGGCUCCUGCGAGAGAAGACCAUGAUUUGCGUGCCGUUUGCAAUGAAUUUGAUAUCGAAUUAGAGAGGAUCGUUAGGGCGCAGAACGGCCAGGUCACGCGAGAGGCGGAUCUGACCUUGUAUCGCGACUCAGGGAUCCCAAACGGAAAUGAUACCGAUGGGCCUCAAGACCAGCGCACGUCUUCGGUUCCAGGUCCGCCCUUUGACCCAACCGAAAAGCUUGAAUUGCAUCGAGAUAGUACUCCAUUAUUAGGAACCUGCUACGAGACCAACAAGGAUUCUACUUCACCCGAAGUCAGCUUUCCUUAUACGCGUGCAUCGCCUUCACCCUCGCCGGAUAUUCUGGAAAGUGUACGACAUCCUCAAGCUGGGCCUAUCGCUGGAGUCAUCAUGGGGCACAAAUCAGCCGUGGAUGACACCAAGGCUGGGCCAGACAGUUCCGGAGACCGGGUGGAAGGCCGGGGGGAUGGGAUGACCACAGUGCAAAGUGUGCAGACUAGUAGCCCCUCGGUCAAAGAGGCUGGUCUGGGGAAUGAUGAAAGAGGCAGACUCACCGAGGAGAGUCAAGCGACUGCACUCUCCCGGUUCGGACCGCGAAUUCGUCCGCUCGAGCAAUCGAAAAGCCCUUUAACUCACACCCGUUCCCUUCGUCCGCAACCAAGUAUCGACGCGGCCUGGUCAGAGCGAUUGCCUACCGUUUCAGUGCUCAUCCCAGCCCGCCGAACCGAUGACUUGGUGUCAAGUACCAAGACCAAUCCUCCAACUGGAGCACGAUAUCACAGUCGUCGGGGCGGCGGCGAUAGCAGCAGUCUUAACCAUGAUCGGGCAACACGCGCACUGACAGAGGAAGAUUCACCAUUUUCAGGUGGAUCCAGUUCUAAGACAAGAGGACGCCCACGGAAGAGACCGAAGAGGGCAAUGGAAAGCACCUCAGCAUCGACCAAUGAACAAUCCCCAAACCCUUCAGUGGGUGGUUUAGACGUCACCCUGGGUAAAACACAAGAGAUCUUCGGACGCGGGAUUCUUCGUAUUCAAGCUCACGGUCCUCGGCAUGUCUAUUUUAUGUCGUUCCUUCCAGAGGAGCCCCACCAGCCGUCUAUGCCAUCUACCUUUGAAGACCAGGAAGAGCAUUCCCGCUCUCGGGAUUCAGGCGUGUCUGCACAUUGUGAAAACCGAAUUGGCAACCAGCAUUCAGAGCAACCCUCCCGGAAAGGGUCCCGCGCUGGGAAAUCAACCGGGCGAGCCCAAGCCCUGUCUAAGGACGACCGGCUUUUGAUUGAAUUGAAGGAAGAGCGGAGCUUGCCGUGGAAGCGAAUCGCAGAGUAUUUCCCUGGAAGAUCUGUAGGUUCCCUACAGGUGCGCUAUUGUACACGCCUCAAGGGCAGCAAAGCUGGAAAUUCUGGGGGGUCUGGGCGCAAUUCCAACGUGACAAGCGGAUCCUCGUACAGAGGCACAUCCUGCGAGGCCGUUCAAGCCGCGGGUGCUAGGCGUAAAAACACCGAAGGUGUGGCAAGACAGCGAUAUGGUCCACCUCGGCGCAGGCAAAUCGUGGACCGCUAUUCCCCAGUUUGA